ACGUUGCGACGCGCUCCACGCAAGCCCCGCCUCUUUCAUCCUGGACGUGUUUGUAUUUACAGCACAAGUUCCUCCAGCUUUCAUCAACAAACCGAGCCCGAAUUCUCUUGGACCGAACUGAAGGUGUCACCAUGGCCUUUCAGGGGUCCGAGGGACUGGAAGAACAGCUCGAGGAGCCGGAAGACACCCUGAGAGUCUCCCCGGCAGAGGAAAUGCCUAUCGACGGGCCUCCAGCAGUGGGGGACCCCGAGCCCGAGCCGUUACUUUUACCUUGGGAUCGUUUCUCCUCCUGGCUACAUUGCAUCUGCGUGGUCGGCUUCGAUCUAGAGCUCGGACAAGCUGUGGAGGUGAUUUAUCCACACCACUCCAAACUCACAGAGAAAGAGAAAACAAGUAUAUGCUACUUGUCAUUUCCAGACUCCAAUUCAGGUUGUCUCGGGGACACACAGUUCUGCUUCCGUUUCCGGCAGGCCGCAGGCAGGAAGUCGUCACUCGGAUGUUUCCUCGAACACUUUGACCGGGAUGCGCCGGUGUCUCUAAAGAAAGAUCAGGGCUAUUAUUAUGGGUACGUGUACUUCAGGCAGGUGCGAGACAAGUCACUCAAGCGGGGCUACUUUCAGAAGUCUCUGGUCCUCAUCAGCAAGCUCCCCUACGUGACCUUUUUCCACUCUUUGCUGAAGCUCAUCGCCCCAGAAUACUUUGAGAAGCAGGAGCCGUGUUUAGAGGCUGCGUGUAAUGACAUUGACCGAUGGCCCACGCCGUGCCCAGGGAAGAUUCUUUCGCUCCCCAUCAUGGGUGUGGUCAUGAAGCUGCGCAUACCCACGUGUUAUGACAAGCCUGGAACUUCUCAGCUUGUCCAGUCCACACCGAGCGACAGUCAGGUGUCCAUCAUUCUGCCGACCGUCCAUGAAGUAGAUCUGUUCAGGUGUUUCCAUCCAGUGUUUUUUCAUAUCCAGAUGUUGUGGGAGCUGGUGUUGUUGGGUGAAGCAUUAGUGGUCAUGGCUCCAUCACCAGCAGAGUCUUCAGACACUGUGUUGGCGCUGGUCAGUUGUAUCUCUCCUCUACGAUACUGCAGUGACUUCCGGCCGUAUUUCACUAUUCAUGACAGUGAGUUUAAGGAAUACACCACGCGAACACAAGCUCCGCCUUCAGUCAUUUUAGGCGUCACAAACCCAUUCUUCGCCAAAACUCUUCAGCACUGGCCGCACAUCAUCCGCAUCGGAGAUAUGAAGACAGCAGGAGAGAUGGCCAAACAAAUGAAAGUGAAGAAACUCAAAAAUCUGAAGACUUUGGACUCGAAACCUGGUGUUUACACUGCAUAUAAACCCUUCCUGAACAAAGACGAGGACAUUAUCAAGCAGCUCCAGAAGGGAGUUCAGCAGAAGCGUCCUUCAGCGGCCCAGAAUGCAAUCCUGCGUCGAUAUUUCCUGGAGCUUACGCAGAGUUUCAUCAUUCCUCUGGAGCGAUAUGUGGCCAGUCUAAUGCCGCUACAGAAGAGCAUCUCUCCAUGGAAAAGUCCUCCACAGCUGCGGCCGUUCAACCAGGACGAGUUCAUGAAAACCCUGGAGAAAGCUGGACCUCAGCUCACAUCCAGACUCAAAGGAGACUGGAUCGGCCUCUACAGGCAGUUCCUGAGGUCUCCAAACUUUGACGGCUGGUUCAGAAACCGCAGGAAGGAGAUGCUGCAGAAGCUGGAGGCUCUUCACCUGGAGGCUCUGUGUGAAGAAGACCUGACACUGCGCAUUCAGAAACACACAGAGGUGGAGACUGUCGACCUGGUGCUCAAACUCAAGGAGAAACUGACUCAGGCAGAGAAAGAUCAGCUUCCCGUCAAAGCAGGAACUUUGGCCAAACUGCAGGCGCACAUCGACACUAUCAUCCUGACUCUUCCAGAAGACCUGCAGGGGAUCUUACACAAACCGCCCAGCCCCUGACCAUAAACACACACUCUUCUGAUGGAGACGACAAGUGCACUUGAUGCUGCAGGUCUGGACCAUGCUGGCGGUGCCGAAAACAACACUGGAUGUGGGUUUCGGACACACACACACACACA